AUGUAAAUAAAUUGUUUGUUUUGCGAUAAACAAAAAACUGAUGGGAAAAUCCAUUUUCCUACCCUUCUUAAUACUGUAAUUAUUUAAUAGAUAAAUCAGGCACUUUAUUUGAAAUAUAAUUAAAAUGAUGAUCAGCCAAUUGAUGAUAUUAUAAAACAUUCUCAUAAAAAAUGGGUUAUUGAUUUUUUUGAGAAAGCUUAAGAAAUCAAAGAUGAAGAGUUUAUUAAAAAAUACUUUUAAUCUAAUGAAAUAGGUCCUAAAUUAGUAGAUUUAACUGAAUAUUAUAAAUAUCGAUUAGACUCUCCUCAUUUGUAUAUGCUUCCCUUAUCAAAGGUCCUGAACUAAUAAUAUUUAGAGAAUAUCAUUACACUCAAAUCAAGUAUAAAUUAGGAAUGUUAGUACAUACUAAAACUAAUUAGAAUGAAAUACCAUUUAUAAAAAUGCUGAAGUUAGGUGAAACUAAAUAAGAAGAUUCUGUAUCAAAGUCUUUAAUAUCAUUAUUGAAUAAAAUUAAGCCAACACAAUAUAAAUUAUCAUAGCCUAAAUAAGCAAAAGUAUAUACCUAAUAAUCCAGUUUAUCAACUACUAAGUUAAAUUAUUAACCACUGAUUAAAUAAAGUGAGUAAGUGAGUAGAAAAUUAAAAGCAAUCUUAAAUGAAAAUGUUCGUUCUCCUUUAAUAAAGAAAUAAAACAAUUAAUAUAAAAAGGUACAAUCUAAAUCUCAUUCGAAUGUUCAUUUGAAUACUUAAAUUAGCAUACAUAAUUAUAAAAAACUGAGUAUGUAAUAGAGCAUGUAAAUGUUAAUGCCUACCAAGACUUUAUAAUCAACUAAAUUAGGAUCACAAGCUGAUUUAAUUUAGAGCAUUUAUUUAUAAAAAAGUAGUAUAAAUCUUAAAAAUCGAAAUUAAAAAAAAAUAAGGAACAUAUUUUAGAAAUGA